AUGAAGGGGUCGGCGUCGACGGCGCGGAUGCUUCUGCAGAAGUUGGGCGGCUCGGGAUGUCCCCAUCACGCCCACACCGAUGGCCCAAUCAAAGCGGCCAACCUCCACGCAAAUAAUAGUUGGUACCUUUACAGAGGAAUGUUUCAUAAAAAUCGGGACUUUUUAGAAUCGUGCGAUUAUGCGUUCGAAAUGAUAUUUUCGACGCUUCGUUUCGGUACCGGCGUCACUUUGGAAGUCAAUUUUAUUUAUUUUCAAAAUAAAAUGAAUUUUUCAAGGUUGGGCACGACAUUCGCUCCUACGGCGCCAAGAACACUUUGAUAGUGACGGACAAAAACGUUCAGAAUACGAUUGCCUUUAAGUAAUCGAUAAGUGAAAAAAGAAAAAAAAAAGAAUGAAACUCUCAGGAACACUGAGAAAGCCCUGAAAGACGCGGGGAUUCAGUUCAAAGUCUUCGACGACGUCCUGAUCGAACCGACUGAUACGAGUUUGAAAAUGAGUCAUGCAAAAGUUGAAUUCUGGAAAUCUAGGCAUGAAAAAGGCCAUCGAUUUCGCGAAAUCGCAUCGAUUUGACAGUUUCGUGGCGGUCGGUGGGGGCUCUGUUAUCGACACUACAAAGGUUCCAUUUUUGAAGAAAUAAUGAGCGUUUCUAAACAGGGACACAUAAAUGGCUUAAAAAGGAAGUUAGGAUGUAUUUUCGGAAAAGCACUUUUAUGAAAAACUCCGCUCGUAUAGUCAAUCCAUCCCUACUUGAAAUCCUUGGCACGAGUCCAAUUCACCGAAUAUUUAAAAAGCUCGGUUACCGCUCUUUUGUGAUCCAUUUCACUGCUUUUAAGGCGAAAAUGAAAAAAUCAAUAAAGAAUAAAGAAAAGGUGCGAUAAAACAGCUCUUCAAAUAGUCGCUGGCGGUUGAAUUGAUGUGCCAAGUAUGCCAAGAACCGCGUACGCACACGCCACGCGAAGCAUGAAUUGGUUUUUAAAAAAAAGUCAAGACUUCUAAAAUAGACUAACCGACGAAAAAAUAAAGCUUUCGCCAGGCGGCUGCCCUGUACACGUCCAAUCCGGAAGCGGAUUUUCUUGAUUUCGUCGGCCCGCCUUUCGGAAAAUCCUUGGUCCCAAAAAAUCCAAUGUUGCCCUUGGUUGCGAUUCCGACGACCGCUGGAACUGGCAGCGAAACUACCGGUUCGUUUCAAAAAGAAAGUAAGAAAACAAAUCUAGAAGUCGCUAGUUUGAGUAAAUGCUAAGAAAUACACCUUUGUUGAUGUUUUGUAUUGCGCGUGAGACUGUCUCGUUUUAAGAAACUCUGAAAAAAGACUACCGUAAGCGCAGCUUUUUUGCGCUUUCGCUUCGAGACGCUUCAUAAAAUACUGCAAAAACAGGUCUCGAAGCGAAAAAAAGAGAGUUGAAAGAGAAUAAAAAAUAGGCUAAGAAGCGUUUUUUAGUUGAUAUUUUGUAUUGCAUACGAGACGGCCACUUUUUAAACUUCGGUGAAUAAAGCUACCGUAAACAAAGCUUUUUUUGAGCUUUCCAGAAAAGGCUGCAAAAAAGAGACGCUACAGAAAAGACUGCAAAAAACAGGUCUCAAAGCGAGAAAAAAAAUUCAGGCCUUUUACCAUGAAAAUUCGAAUUUUUAGGUGUUUCAAUAAUGGACCUGCCGGAGCACAAGUGCAAAACCGGGAUCCGAAUGAGAAGUAUCAAACCACGGCUUGCACUUAUCGACCCUCUGAAUGUUAUGAGGUUUUGGAACUUUUAAGGAAAAAUUUUUUCAAAAAGCCUUCCACAGCUCGUAAAAUUUCAUACUUAUUUCCUUAGCUCGGAUUUUCUUUGAAUUAAAAAAAUUGACAUUUGAAAAGAAAAAUUUUUUUUCCGAAGAUUUAGGAGUUUAUAUUUACUAGACAACGAGUACAUCCCAUUAGAGAAAAACUUGAAAGAGCGUAUUUGAAAAAUGCUAGUGUAGCGUACAUUUCACGGGGUUAGAAUCAUAUAUUAUUCAAAUCAGAGGCGUCAUUUACAUUAAUUUUUCAUUUAAUCUAAAUCCAUUUUUUUUUAAUUAAUUUUCUUGAAUUUUCGGUGGUUAUGAUGUCCAGUUAAAUUUCCUAUGUAGAGUAUGGUUCUAUUUUUUCUUUUUUUAGGCGAAAAGUUUCAGAUUUUCAGAUUUAUGGUAGCUACUUCUCCACCUCUGAUUUAAAUGAUGAACUAAGGAAAGUUUAAGAGGUUUAAGGGAAGCUCUGAAAUUUUCCCUCUCCGGGUGUCCCUAUUUUACCCCCUAUCAGGGGCCCCGAAAUGGCCAAAUCCCUAUAGGGACCCCCUAAACUUUUCUUAGAAACUAAAAACUAAAAAAUUUCGGAAAAACGCUUUUUGAAGUUUCGGAAGUUGAUUUUUAGUAGGACUGUUUUAGAACAAGAAGUACAUCACAUCAGAAAACACAUAAAAGAGGCCAUUUAAAAGUUGCUAGUGAAACGUACAUUUCACGGGCUGAGAAUUAAGGUAUUUUCAAAUUGAUUGACUUCAUUUAUAUGGAGUUGACGUGAAAAGCAAAGUGUGAAAAAAGAAAUAAAAUUGAGAUUGCAUUCAGUAUGCCUCGAAACGUGACGAUUUAUUCGGGUUUCGACGUUUUGUGCCACGCUUUGGAGAGUUUCACCGCUUUGCCUUAUGAUCAAGUGAGGUUUCCGGAAUAAUUGGAUUAGGAAAGUAAAUUAUUUUUUUUUUCUUGACAAGUUUUGAAAGUUCUAAAGAUGUUUUAAUCAAAGGUUCAGAUGAAAAUUUAGAAAGAAAAAAGAAAGUUUUGAUAAAUGAUGAGAAGAGUAGGCCCUCAUAGGGUCUAGAAAUAAAAAAAAAGCUAGCAAAAAAUAUUUUCGGGACUUCUUGGAGGUAAGUUUCGGGCUUUUAUACGGGCAAAGUCCAAGGACUUUCCAAUUUCCUUAGAAAAAUAAUAAUAGCUUAUUUUGAAGUUCCUAGAUAAGUGAAGAAAAAAAAUUUUAAGCUUCUCUUUCUUUUAGCGGUUCAAAAACCUUUUCAAAAAUUUUUUUUGAAAAAAGACCUUCCCAUCGGCUUUUUAUUCCUUCUUUUCUGGAACUUCGUACGAAUUUCUUUUCAGCACCUUUUUUAUCUUCUUGAAGGGAACUUUCCAGUGAAAAAUCACAAAAAGGCGCUAGGAGGGUUUUUUGAGGACCCUUUUAGGUAAUUUUGGACUUUGUCCAUGUACCUCAUUCGACAAAAAAAAAUCCUCAAAUUAAACUUUCAAGAGACCACCAAGGCCAGAACGCCCAGAACUCCGACCGGUCUACCAAGGGUCAAAUCCGAUCAGUGACGUUUGGAGCAAAGAAGCUCUUCGGGUAAAUAAUUGAAUUAUUUAUUUAUUUUUUUGAGCUUUUAGAGAUUUUUUUAUAUAACAGCUUACAUCAAAGUAUCAAUAGAAAAUCAGAUUUUUUGAAGAAAAUUAGACCCAUAAAAAACUCACGAUGAGCUCUUUGAAAAGAGUCAUUAGAAAUAGACCUCUUUCAUGAAUAUUUUGUCCGAAGCUCCGAAGCUUUUUUUUAUCAUUUCUUUGAAUUUCACCGUGUUAGGCAUCACAUGACCUUUUUAGCGAUCUAAUUUCAAUCCAAUUUGAUCUCAACCUUUUUCUAAUUGUACUCCUAAUCAAUGGUACAAGAAAGUUUAUUCAAAGAAAUCUUCAGAUAAUCGGAAAAUAUUUCCGACGGGCGGUCAACGACCCAUCGGACGAAGAAGCUCGACGGCACAUGCUCAUGGCCAGUUCCUUUGCUGGAAUCGGCUUCGGAAACGCCGGAGUUCACAUUUGCCACGGAUUGUCGUAUCCUAUCAGGUUAGAGAAAAACAUUUUAGGGUUCAUUUUUUGGGAUAUUAAAACAGAAAGGCGGUCAAAAAUAAUUCAACUGGAAAUGGUUUUUAAUAGUGAAAAAGGUAAAGGAGAACUGCAAUACCAGAUUUUACACUGCGAAAUGAAAAAAAAGUUUUUUUAAGGCCUAUAGUAAAAGACGAAAUAGUUCAAGAACAGACUCAGGCUAAAUUGAAAAAAAGGAGCAAAAUAGCUCCAAGGAUAUUUCGACCGCCCGUCGGAAUCCGAUUAACUGAACUGUUUUUCUCAUAUAGAAUCUAUUGUUAGAAAUAACUAAUUGGAUAUUGAAAUCGAUAAAGUCUAGAAUUAUUUUUUAAUCAGCUGAAGGAGCAAAUUUUCAGCCUUUUGUUCGGCGAAUCGGAAUAGUUUCAGUUCUCCCUUAAGAGGUCACUUCACUUUUACCUAAAUUUCAUUAAUAGAAGAGCAAAUUAUUGGUGAAGUGCUCUGAUGAUCCCUUUAAUCAAAUAUUUAACCCAGUUUUUUCCGCCCCUAAAAAAAAUCAAAUCUUCAGAACCUAAUAAAAACUGUUAAAAAAAUGAUUUCCCUUACAGUUCUCAAGGCAAGAAGUACGCGGAUACGGACUAUCCAAAAGAUAAGAAACUGAUUCCGCACGGCCUAUCAGUGAUGACAACGGCCGUCGCCGACUUUGAGUUCACCACUGCCGCCUGUCCCGACCGCCACGCGACCGCAGCGCGAGCUCUCGGUGCUGAUCUCAAGGUUCUGUUCCAAGAGUUGAAACAUUGACAAGAGAAAGAUUUCCAGCCUAACGCAAGCAACGAGUACAUUGCCAAAACGUUAUGCGACGAGCUGCGCGGCUUCAUGCGCGAUUUCGGCGUUCCCAACGGCCUGAAAGGCAUGGGCUUCGAGUAUUCGGAUAUUGGUGAGAUUUAUCAUCUGAAAAAGUUUGAGCUUUCGGAUUCAAGAGAAAAAAUUUUUCAUUUCACUACCUUAAAAAAGGCUCGAAUCAACCAAAAAAAUUACAGACGAUUCUAAAAAAACUUUCUGAGGCUACAAAAAAGGAGCUCAAAAGCUUUUUACCAUUAUUUUUUGGAGCAUUUAGAGGAACCUUUCCGCUCCUUCCGAGGGUCCUCAAAAAACUUUUCGCGUUUUACUUAUGAACAGAAGACAUAGAUCGAAAAGAUGUUUUCAGGAGCCCUAACAGAAGCCGCUGUUCAUUCGGUCCCCAAUAUAGUCAUUUCCCCGGCGCCUACCGACUUCGAAAUCAUCAACAAACUCUACGAAAAGUCCCUCACUGUUUAUUGA